GAUUGUCAAAAGCACGUGAACAAUAUUAUACCAAUUUCUUUCCAGUUUUUAUUAGCAAAUAAUGACGUAAAUAGUUUACAAUUACUUUAAAAAAAUUAUUAAGUGCAAUGCCGCCUAAAGGUAAAGUUAAAGGUAAGGGGAAGGAACCACCUCAGCCGGUUCAAGUUGCAGGCCCUCCACCAAAACCAAAGAAACCACCGCCUCCACCUGCAUGCUUUACUAACGAGGACUUGGUUAAAUUUAAGGAAAUGUUUAAGGCUCAUGACGAAGAGAAUAUUGAUAAGGUUCCACUAGAUGCUAUUCCUUUAAUGCUUAGAAAACUUGGUUUCAAUCCCAAGGGCGAAGAAAUUCGUCAACUUUUUGCAUUAUUUUUAGAAGACGAAUUUGUCGAUACUGUAGAAUACCACGAGUGGUUGUUCAUGAUCGAAGCCAAGAUGAAUUGGGGAGAUGACUUUGAACUUGCUGUUACCAAAGCUUUCGCUGCAUUAGGACACGAUGAUGAAGAAACAGGCUUUGCUGAUUUUGAACUCCUCAGACAAGAACUCAUGACAUGGGGAGAACCAUUAACUGAAAUAGAGUUUGCUGACUGGAUAAAGUUGGCUGUAAAAGAUAAAACGUAUAACGUCGAAGAUGGGAGAAUCUGCUAUCCGAAGUUUGUAGAAAACAUGAACAAUAAGGACGAGAGAUAUGCUAAAGAGCCGAUAAACUUUUUUAAAUUGGAUCAGAAAACGUUAGCUGCGAUGGCUAUGAAAAAGGCGCAGGAAGAAAAGGAGGAACAGGAGAAAAAAGUAGCUGAGAGACUAGCUAGAGAAGAAGCCAAGCGAUUGAAAAUGAUUGCUGAUGGAUUGUUGCCGCUGGACUAGAACGGUUUUUGCAAAUAAUUUUUAGUUUAGUCAUUAGUAACGGAAAACUAAGUGCAACUGUAAACUAACUAAAAAAGCAUAUUAAACCUUUUUAAAAUGAUUUGUAUUUGUAGCAGUGAUUAGACUUUUGAAAUAAUAUACAUAUAUGUGAAGUGAG